CCUCCAUCUUAUCUUAGUUUAGUUCAAAUAUACAAUUAAUUAUUUAUCUUUAUCAUAAAAUUUUUUCCUAUUAAUACAAACUCCUAUUGUAUCAAUUCAAUUCCAUUCCUCCCGCCCUCGGAUCAAAUCCCAACAUAACUCACAAAAUUAUGUUUCCAAUUUUCAGUCAUUUCUCUAUCUUCUUCUUCUUCACCAUCCUCUUUCUUUCCCGCCCUAUAUGUCCCGCCAGAAUCAUACCGGAUUCAGUAACUGUAAUAACCGACAACUCAACCCACAACACCACGUGGCACGACUUUGCUCGUUUCCUUGACAUCGAGAAGGGCAGCCAUGUCAGCGGCAUGUCAGAACUCAAGAAAUACUUGAACCGUUUCGGUUACCUCUCGGUUUUGAACAAAAACUUCACCGAUGUUUUCGACUCUGAAAUGCAAUCCGCCGUCGUUUUGUACCAGCAAAAACUGGGAUUGCCCGUAACCGGAAAAUUGGACUCCGAUACGAUAUCAACAAUCAUGUCUCCACGGUGUGGCGUUAGUGACAAAGAGCAUAAAAUACACACAACAAAACGUUAUUCAUAUUUUUACGGUAAGCCGAGAUGGGUGCGUUUAUCGCCGCUGACGUUAACCUACGCAUUUUCGAAGAGUAACACGAUUGAUUACAUAAGUUUAUCGGAUAUUAAGGAUGUUUUUAAGCGUUCUUUUUCACGGUGGUCUUCUGUUAUUCCGGUGAAUUUCACGGAGACAGAGGAAUAUGAAUUAGCCAAUAUUCGGAUUAGUUUUUAUUCGGGUGACCACGGCGAUGGACAGCCGUUUGAUGGAGUUUUAGGGGUGCUGGCCCAUUCAUUCUCCCCAGAAAAUGGGAGGUUGCAUCUUGACGCAAGAGAAACAUGGGCCGUUGAUUUCAAAGCAGUGAAGUCAAAAGUGGCGGUUGAUUUAGAAUCGGUGGCGACCCAUGAGAUUGGGCAUAUACUUGGGUUGGCUCACACAUCGGUCAAAGAAGCUGUAAUGUAUCCAAGUUUAAGUCCAAGGGCAAAGAAGGUGGACCUAAAGGUCGAUGACGUGGAGGGUAUUCAGGAAUUGUAUGGGUCAAACCCUAAUUUUAAGUUCAGUUCAUUGUUGGAGUCUGCAAAUUCUUCUAAUCAUGGGAUUGAUCUAAAAAGGAGAUCGUCAAAGUGGACCAUUUAUUUCUUAGUGCCAUUAUUCUUACUUUUAAGGAUUACAUGAGGACUUUUAUUUCUUCGUUCCUCUUUAUGUUUUCAUACUUUGUCUCUUCAUUAUGUCUUAUACAUAGGUUCACACUCGGAUGUAAAACAAUUCUUUGAUAGAUUCA